GUCGAGCUCCUUAUCCAUUACGUCGCUGCUUUAACCUGCAAGAAUACCCUCUCUCUUUUUUUUUCUUUUUUUUUUUUUCCUUUAUUUAUUUAUUUAUUUAUUUUUUGUUUUCCCGAAUUGACAGAUACACAAAGAUACAGCAGCAUUUCGCAAUGCUGCAAGUCGGUAGGCAGCUGUGGAGACCUUCGAGUUUUAAGCUUCUAUGGCUGUCGCCUCGCUUGAGCCCUGGCUCGUCCCCCAGAUCAUUGAUCUCUACUUCCUGCUUCAUUUCUUCUCUGAAAUCGUUGGAUCGUGCGUCUGGCGACUGGGGUAGUCUGCAAUUAUCAAGCUUACCGUCAUGGAGCAUCAGGGAAGCGCAUUCAGGAACCGCAGGCAAGAGCCACGGAAGAAGAAAGAAGAGUAUCAAGCCGAGUCUUUUGCAAUAUACCAAACGUGGGGAUGCCCUUGAAGAGUCGACCGAGGAAGAUAUUACAGAGGAUUCUGAUGAGAAGGAAAGCAAGGGACAGAGUAAAAGAAAAGCUCUGAGGGCUCUGAAGUGGGCGAAUGAGCUUGCUACUUUCUCUCCCUCUCAGCUUCGGCAAGCUAUUAGGUGGGCAUCUCUAGAUGAGGAGGUUUACGAUGCUGUCAUGCUGGUCAAGUCAUUGAGUCCUAAUGUGCGGAAUGGGAAGAGACGGCAAUUCAAUUUCAUAGGGGGGCUACUUCGAGAAGCUGAUCCUGAAUUAAUGGAACAGGUUCUGACGGCGUGCAAAGACGGCGAUCUUUCAGGUUUAAUGGCUCGAAUUAAAUUAUCUAAAUCAAGCGAAGACCCAAUCAAUGAGAAAGAAGCCAGUGAUGAAGAAGUGGAACUCCUUUCUGAAGAGGCGAAGAUAGCCACGCGGUGGUUACAAGGCCUUCUAGAUGGUGAGAGGGCUGUAAACGAUGAAGUUUUUUCAACUGCAGAUGACGUGUACUUCGACCGGCAGGAACUAAAGAAGCUAAUGCGAGCAGCUAAGGGAACUCAACUUGUUAAGUCCACUGAUAGAUCUGUAGAAGCCACAAAGGCAUACAAUACUCUGUUUGAUUUUUUAUUUGAUCUUGCUCAAAGACGGGAAAAUGACGCUUGAUCAUAUAAAUUGUCAACCUUCUGAUCAAGAUACCAGAUUUUUCCAUGGCGCAUUCUAAGCUUGCUUAAUUUACAUUGUUAAGAUGCAAAUUUUUUAAUUCA